GCGGGCUCCCUGCGUGGUAGACGCCACCGCCACACACACCUGCUCCCUGUGCCAUCUGCUCCCAGCGCGUCCUCCUCUCCCCACCCUCGCCCUCCUGCCAUGGAUGAGCCUGCCGAGCCCAGGAACCAGGCUGCGUGGGACCCCUAUGAGAAAAACAUCUCGGAGAUCAGCCAGAAUUUGUCAGGCGAAUACUUCAGGUAUAAAGGCAUCCUCUUCCCCGUCGGCAUCUACUCACCUGAGAGCAUCAGCAUCGCAGAGAACUCGGAAGUGCAGGACGAUGACAUCUUCAUCAUCACCUACCCCAAGUCAGGCACAAACUGGAUGAUUGAGAUCCUCAGCUUAAUCCUAAAGGACGGGGACCCCUCCUGGAUCCGCUCAGUGCCCAUUUGGAAGCGGUCGCCCUGGUGUGAGGCCAUCAUGGGUGCCUUCAGCCUCCCCGACCAGCCCAGCCCUCGCCUCAUGAGUUCUCACCUCCCCAUCCAGCUCUUCACCAGGGCCUUCUUCAACUCCAAGGCCAAGGUGAUCUACAUGGGCCGGAACCCCCGGGACGUGGUGGUCUCGCUCUAUCACUACUCCAAGAUCGCCAGGCAGUUGAAGGACCCUGGCACGCCUGACCAGUUCCUGAAGAACUUCCUCAAAGGCGAAGUGCAGUUCGGCUCCUGGUUCGACCACAUUAAGGGCUGGAUUCGGAUGCGGGGCAAAGAGAACUUUUUGUUUAUCACCUACGAGGAGCUGCAGCAGGAUCUCCACAGUUCCGUGCAGCGCAUCUGCCAGUUCCUGGGCCGGCCGCUGGGCGAGGAAGCGCUGGAGUCCGUCGUGGCGAACUCGGCUUUCAAAGCCAUGAAAGCCAACACCAUGUCCAACUUCUCCCUGCUGCCCCCCAGCCUGCUGGACCAGAGCCACGGUGCCUUCCUCCGGAAAGGGAUCUGCGGUGACUGGAAGAACCACUUCACGGUGGCGCAGAGCGAAGCCUUUGACCGAGUCUACCGCGAGCGGAUGCGGGGGCUGCCGACCUUCCCCUGGGACGUGGACCCCGAGGACGCCGGUCCGGACCCCGACCCCAGUCCCGACCCGAGUCCCAGCCCAGACCAGGCCUCCGAGCCACCCCACCCGUGACCCUGAGAAUAAACGCAUCGCUACUG